CACGCAUCGUAAAAAUUUACACGCAGCGGUGUUACAACAAAGGCAACACACAUGACACUCAAGGCAAAGACGUGCAUCAUCCGGCCAGCAAGAACAAGGGGAGUACUACUGCACAGCGGCACCACCCUCGAGAAAACGAAGAACAUGGAGAUUUUCUACUUUUCAUAAUAUUUAGCCUCAAGCGGUGAACUUCUCGCAUGGCCUCGGGAUGUCCAAGCUCCGCCGCACGCUGGAACAUCUGCAAGGCCAGUGGCCGAUUCCCCCACAACGGCCGCUGGCCUACUACUCCCGUCGAACCCGAGGCUACUGCAAGAUCCCCGUCGUCGUCACCGUUUGCUCCGAAAAGGCCACCGCCGGCGGGCGGCGAACAGUGAGGGGUACUUGUGGUGGCGGGGCAUCCUGCCCAAGCCAUGGACGACAAGAACCCUGAAGAAGGUCGGAGAGGUAGCUGCUGCUGUUCCUGGAACAUCGGCAACCCGGCCGCCGACGCUAUCGCCGACAAGGGGUCGCCCCGUUCCAGAAGAAGGGCGGCGUUGAAAGCUCCGUCGGCUGAUCUGUAGGGGCGUAGGGAAUUGAAUACGGCACCGCCGUAGGGAUUCGACAUAAGGUUGCUCUAUGUACUGUAUGUAGUACAGGACAAUGUUGGUGUGGGGCGGAGUUAAGGUGGCCUAGAUGUAUGAAACCGUUCUUCGGCAUCGAGCACGUAGCUCCAACGAGAACAAGGGGGGGGGGGCGUACUC